AUGCAAGAGCUAACACAUACACAACCGGCAAUCACAUUUGAUGAUUACGUGCACUAUGCGGCCCCCAAGUCCUCAAACAUAAGGACAGUGUUCUCACCUGCUGCCGUGACUUUGGGAAGAAAUGCGUUUGAUCGCAAUGGAGACCAAAUAUCUGAUCUCGAAAUAGUUUCCUGCAAUGGUGAUCGAAUACCGGUAUCGAUGGCCGUGUUGAUUGAUCGAUGGGGAAAGUACUUUGUCACGCUACUCUCAAGGGGCUACGUUCGGGCGGUGGAAGAUUUCGAAUCAGAAAAGAAUAAAGAACUGAAGUCAAAGGCUAUGACUACAUUGAAAAAAGCCGAUGUACCCCGCUUUAGAAUCCCAUUCCAAGAGUCAACUGAAUCUUUGGGCACCCACGCUACAAAAUUGAAACAGAAAUCCAUUUCCUCGAUGUCAACUGAAUCACAAACUUCAAGAGAUAAUUCGAGAGUUGAAGGUCGCAGAGACUCAAUACCCCAGCACACCGACUUGUUCAUUUCUCAUAUUGAUGAUGUGCCACCUCAGCUACCGCCUCCCAAUGAACCAAUUCCCCCAGUUCCGUCUGUGCCAGUGUCUUUCAAGCCUUCCUCACGAAAAGGAUCACAAGAUGCAAGUUCCCCAAGGGCAUCAUUGAUGAAUACAUUAUCUGUCUUGAGAAACAUUCCCUCAACGAAAUCACCUAGAGAAUCACCAUUCUCAUCCCCCCGUGCAUCAUUGUCAGCGUCCAGCUCCAACUUGAGUGAAUUACGCAGCUCUCCAUUUCCAAACCUCCGACCCAACAUAGGAAGAUCAACUUCUGAUCUCAAGUUAUCCUCGAUUGAUUCAGGGGUGGAAGUCAAGUCCAAGGAAAAUGAAACUGGGAGCAGUGCAGGUCAUGUGUCAACAGAAGAAGAAGAUGAUGAAGAAGGAGCUGAUGAAGACUACCACCCCCUAUUUGCAUUUGAGGAGGAACGAUUCCCACUUGAGCCGUCAUUGAUACCGCGCAAGCUAUACAUGCCGUUUUCAACCACCACAGUCAAAGCAUUUUGCGAAUUCUUUUACACUGGACAAGUUGGCAACAAAUGGGUUCUUGCACCUACACUAUUGGACAACUUGAUCAUAUCAAAGUUUUACAGGGUACCGUUGCUAUACGAUUUGAUCUGCGAGGUGUUGAUUGAUGUCAUACGACGGAAAGAAAGCGCGAUGCACAAGUCUGAGGAGUAUUCCCAGGUUAUUGAAUCCAUUGAGAAUGGUGUCAUUAGCAAGAAGUGGUUGAGAGAAAUUUGCGACGACUAUGACGAUGAACUGAAUGACGAUACUUUGGCAUACUUGGAUGUUGAAGAUGUAAAUGCGCCAGCAACCACCACCAGAUUCAAGUCGGUUUUUGAUCGGCCAAUGAUGCCAAUUGACGCUAAAAGCGAGGAGGCAAGUGACACUGCAAACAAGAUAAAUACAAUGACAGUAGAGGACUUGGUUAACCCGGAUUCUCCGUGUCCAUCUGACGAGGUGAUUGAGGUGAUUCACGAGGCAGCGCUAUUGGUCACAGAGAUGAGGAUCGUUUUGAGAACGACAAUGUUGAUGAAGCUACAGAGGAGCAGGUAG